AUGCUGGAAGGUCGUUUGCAGCUCGAUCCGUCGCGAACACAACCUCUCACCUCGACUUUGUUUACUGUCCACGGAUUCGUUGGCCUCGUCUCUGCUCCGAUUAUAGCCCACUUUGCCGAUAAAACACAGGAUCGGAAAAUACCUCUCUUGAUCGCUCUGGCGGGAUGUUUUGCAGGUACUCUUAUGGUUGCCUUGGCUCGGUCGCUCGUAAUUCUUUUCAUUGGACGCGUUUUCCAAUCAAUUUCGGGAUCCGCAGCAUGGGUGGUCGGUUUUGCUGUGAUGUCGGAUGCAGUAUCCAUGCGAGAUAUGGGUAAAACCAUGGGAAUCGCCAUGUCAUUUGUGACUGCCGGUAUUGUAGGAGGUCCCAUGGUUGGGGGUACCAUGUUUCAGCUGUUCGGAUACUGGCCGGCCUGGUCAGUUCCACUCACAGUGCUGGUGCUCGACAUCAUCGCCCGUCUGAUCAUGAUUGAACCGCGCUCUCUGUCUCCUCCAUCAUUUUCUGGAAAGCCCGACAGUGCUUCCGAGGAGACGACAGGCUUGCUUUCGGGGGACUCGCCUGGCAACCCACAGAAUUCUAAUCAAUAUGUCGACGACUACAUGCCUGCCAAGCCCUCUAGUGCUCCUCUUGGAUUCUAUCGCGUUGUGCUCCGUGAGCCGCGCGUGUGGACCGGAUUGGCAAGCCUUUUAAUGACUUCUAGUCUCAUGUCCAGCUUCAAUACUACGCUCCCCGCACACCUCCGAGAUGCCUUUGGUUGGGGAAGUUUGCCAAUUGGAAUGAUGUUUCUCUGCUUGCAGGCCCCAGGCAUGGUUUUGGGAGGUCCGUUUGGAAUUAUCCGGGAUCGCUGUGGCUUGCGCAUUCCAAACGCCAUCGGCUGGUUUCUGACAGCUCCCCUACUCUGUUUAAUGGGUAUUACAGGGAACCCUCGUUUCCCGUGGGUUGGUGACGCUUCCCAUGGGAAGACUUUGUUUACCUGCUGUAUGAUUGGAUUGGGCACAGUCUUGAUCCUGGUGCGUGGUGCGGGUGCUAUUCAAUUAACAUGCGUGGUAAGAGAACUACAAGCCAAAGAUCCCUUUAUCUUCGGAUCUCAGGGUGGCAGCUCGCGUGUCUUCUCUACAUCCGAGGUGGUCUACAGCCUCGGGAUGACAAUUGGACCUUUGAUAUCUGGUUUACUCUACGAAAAAGUGGGAUUUUGCUUGAUGAAUAUAGUAUUCGCUAUCGCCUGUGUUGCCAUGGCUAGUCUUUCCUUUACGUGGCUUGAUGGUAGGCCUGAGCCGUCAGUCUCUGAGUCUUGA